AAAAAAAAAAAAAAAAGAAAUCAAAAUGCGCACCCUCUCCCCCGUCCUCGCCUCCCUGGCAUCCGUCUUCCGCAUCCCCAUGACCCGUCCAACCCUGACCAGCAACACCAUCACCAACACUCUCCGCCAAUCCCAAACCAACCAAUUCAGCACAACCACCACGCUCCAAAAGCGAAAGGAGUCCGGUUUCCGCGGCGACCGCAGAAUCACAUUGAUCCGCUACUUCCUCCACCACCCGCUCACUCCCCGCCCAUUGCGGUUCUCGCGCACCCGCUUCCUCCGACACUGGACGAUCCACCGGGCAUGGAACCUCUACCAGGGCCAGCAGCGACGGAAGCACGAGCUGGAGCUGCAGAGACAGUGGCAGGCGAUGCAAGCCGCCUGUGAGGAACUGCGUACUGGUGCGGGCGAUGGCGGGAAACUGUUCCGCAAGAGUAUGAUUAAGACGGGUGUGUUUAGGGAUUUGGUCCCUAUUGAGUAUGCCCGUUUGCAGACGGAUGGGCCGGCUAGGGAGGGGUGGAAUCAUGAGUGGAAGAGGGAUUAGAUGGUUCCUAUCUCCUCCGGAGGAUAAUCUCUCCGGAGGAGAGGUUCUUUGGGGAAGAAGGGGGA